UGUCCUAUGAAGGGGAUUUCUUUCAGUUCUCUCCGUUGUUUAUAAGCAUUAUAAUAAUAUUUCUUAUGAUCUUUUACUGGGUGAGUGUCGAUUCUUGUGUUUUUGUGAGAGACCACUUGGGAGGCGAGCGAGUGCAUAUUUCUCAAUCGGAGCUCACCUGCUUAAACUGAUCAAAAACAACAAGGAGCAACAAAAGAGCGUCAGAGACUCGCAAUAAAACUGUGUACGAGUUUUCUAAAGAGGAAAUUAUUCUGUCCAUAUCGAUAAGAUAUUUUGAAUUACUACACAACGUACUAAUUUUCAUGUCAACUUUCUUGCAGUUUGUUUGCUACAACAUAGAUGUGGUACCUCUGCAUUCCAUGGGUCCAUUUGGUACUUUUGUGUCAUAUUUGGCCAACAAUCAUUUAAAACUUUUGAGGCUCGGGUAAGUAGACUGAAAUAAACAGUUGUACAUUGGCUGAACUCUCUAAUUAUUAUUAUUAUUAUUAUUAUUAUUAUUAUUACUAUUAUUAUUAUUAUUAUUAUUAUUACUUUAUUAUUAUUAUUAUUAUUAUUAUUAUUAUUAUUAUUAUUAUUAUUAUUACUAUUAUUAUUAUUUAUUAUUAUUAUUAUUAUUACUAUUAUUAUUUGAAUUAUUACUGUUAUUAUCAUUGUUAUUUUACAUGUUGCAAUAUGCCAGAGAAAGAAAGAUAAUAGAGAAGAGUCCUGGAGAUUCCAAAUUAGGUGACUUAUGCCAGCCCCAAUUUCUAAUCCUACCUCAGUCAGCCCCUUGCCUUAAAAUGGUAAAUCAUCAGUAUUAUGAACACUAGCCUCAGUUUCAGGCAUCCAGUUUUUAAAAAUCAGCAAAAUAGUAAACAGGGAAGUAGUUGCAGUGAAGCCAAAAAACGAGGAGAGGUUUGGGUCAGAGCUUCAAACCCAGUCCCCCCUUGUUAUUUUCUCUCUUUGCUUCUAUCAUGCUGUUCCCUAUUGCUAAGUCUUACUUUUAAUGAAUGAAUUCAUAGAACAGGCUUUGUGAAUAUGCAUCUUGUUUAUCUAUCUUGUGUCAUGCACUAUAAAAUCUCAUUGAUCUCAUUGAUCUUAUUGAUCUCAUUGAUUUCAUUGAUCUGAUUCUUUGUGCUUCAUAGUUUUAGAUUUGCAGUAAUAGCCCAUUUGUUAGAAGCUGGAUUUGCCUACAGGAUUAGUAGGUGAGAACUGAGUUCUUUGACUCAAAAGUAACUCCUUGUUGUUAUUUGUUAAUGUAGCCAUUAGUGUAAUGGCAUUUUUCUUUUAAAAUCUAGAAAUUUUUGUCUGAAAUAUACUAUAAACUUGAAAGUACACAUUGUGCUGGCAAUGGCUGGUUCUGCUGGUUUUACAUUGCUAUGAUUCUGCUUGAGCCUGGCAACAAAACUUUGCUUCUUUAUGCUCAGGAAAUGGUUCUGGAUCUAGUUGUAUAAAGGCAGGAUAAUGGUAUCCUAGGGGUACAAAAUGUAGCGCAUUAUUUGCUGGACAGAAAUUUAUUCAGUAGACAGCAUUAUCCAUGCUUUGAACAACCAGAGCCUGAUUGUUUGCACUGUACAGGGGUGUAUUAAGUAGGUAUUCCUACAACUCAUAUUUUCAGGUAGAAAUAGUGGAUAUUUUGGUAGAUAUCUGCUACUGUCAAUUUUUAUUCCCUGAAGUGAAUUUGAAUACAUUUUUGUGUCAUUUCACAUGGCUUAGCACAGUGAUCUCAGCACAUGCUGAUCAUUACACAACAUUUCGUCCCUUUAAGAAGUUGCUCCCACUGUUUAGCACCAACCAAAAAGAUUCUGCUCAUUGGUAGAAUUUAUAUAAAUUAGGUAUUAUAGACCAAGACUGUCCUUAAAUUAUCUAUGGCAAAAGUGAAUUUUAAUGGCUAAAAUCUUGUGACAUGCCUCUUAAAGGUGACUGUAUCUGAAACUGUAUUAAUUUCAAAGCUGAUGUGUGUGGUGAAUUUUGCCGCAUAAACAGCUAGUGUCAGCAUUAUAAAAAGGUUUCCCUAGGUGUCAUGCUGAUAUAACAUUCUAAGAAACAUACUUAUCCUGUUGAUUAAAAGACUUGGAAGCAACAAAAAGUUUGGUCUAUGAGAGGGGUCUGCUUUGGAAAUGUUAAAAGUGUUGUGUUGUUUGAAGAAGUCACAGAGUUUCACCUUAAAGAGAAAAUUCAUAUAACUUAUGAAUCAAAUAGUUGCAAGUUAUUAUGAGUAAGCACAGGGCUGUGCUCCAAUAGACCACAGAUGCUACAAGUGACUUACUUUUUAUGAGGGUAACAAGCAUGACUUUGAAGAACUUGCUUGCCAGUAUUUCUAGAAUAGGAGACCUCAGACAUCUGGGUGAUUUUUCUAAGAGCAUAACUUUGAUAAUCUGCAUCAACUCAUGCUAAACAAAGACUAAUCACCUUGCAGGAGGAUGAUGUUUUCACGUGUCACAAGUUUCAAGUGGAUGUUUCAAACUGCACUGGUUGGAUUCCCCUCCCUUGGCUUGUUACUGAGGCAUCGCAAGCAGAGAGAAAUUGCAAGCAAAAAAGUUAAUUGAUUGUCACCUGCAGUCAUGAUCAUUGUAUUUAGUCUUGUAAAUAGGGCUUUGUUUACUUCUAGUUUUUUUAUUCAGUUUCUUCUCGUUUUGGAAAAAUUGAAGUAGAGGGUGAUGUGAAAAUUGCCGAUCGCAGGUCUCGAUAGAUACACUUGUUUAUUAGUGCCCUUCAAUUGACCAAUAGAUAGAAACAACUAUGAAAUAACUGCUGAGAAAUCAAAGCAUUUAGAACGUGUAGAACAUCAAUGGCUGUAUAGCAGAAACGUGCGAUCUUUAUACUUACAUUCGAUGUAAAAAGAUAGAAGUUGAGUGUAUACGAGUGUUUAAAACAUGUAACAAACAGGGUGUUGGCUCACUCUGAGUACCUAGAGAUAGAAAACCCAGUCUACAGAAGAUCAGAAUCAAAAAUGAAUGAGUUAACCCUUUAACCCCUGAGAAUGACCAGCAUCCAAUUUCCCCUGACAAUAAUACUGCUGCAUUAUUCAUUUGAGAUCACUAGAAUAAAGGAAAUGAUCACCAACUAAAGAAGCUCUUGCUCGUUAAACAAAUUCUCCUUGUCAGCACCUUUGGAAAUGUAUAAAUAACACUAUGUUAAAAUAUAUUAAAGUUCACACGGCAACCAGGUGGACAAUCAGACAUAGUUUGACGCUACUCUGGUUUGCAGAUUUAAUGAAUGUAACCGAUGAAGUUACAAUCCAUAGACCCAACGUUUCGACACUCCUGUCUAGUGCC